CCGGCGGGCGGUUGCUUGUUGGUUGUUGUAGUAACGGGGGAAGCAGCCGUCGGCGGCGGCCGUGAGCCCUGCUGGGGAAGGAGGAGGGAGGGAGGCGCGGAACGCGGUCCCCGCCUGCCGCCCCGAGCCAUGGGAAGAUGAGACAGGAUUCUGUGCCACCCGGACUGUUUGGUCUAGUGAACCUACAAGGCAAGGUCUCGGGGGCCCCCAUCUGCUGACUGCAUGAAAUACUCUAAAGGAAAUGCCAGUCGUGAUGGCCCGGGACCUGGAGGAAGCAGCAUCAUCCUCAGAGGACGAGGAGGUGGCAGGCCAAGAGGACCAUCCGUGUAUCAUGUGGACUGGGGGCUGCAGGAGAAUCCCCGUGCUGGUGUUCCACGCCGAGGCUAUUCUGACGAAGGACAACAACAUUCGAGUGAUUGGUGAACGUUACCAUUUGUCUUAUAAAAUUGUGCGAACAGAUAGUCGCCUGGUCCGCAGCAUUCUGACAGCCCAUGGAUUUCACGAAGUCCACCCAAGCAGCACUGACUAUAACCUCAUGUGGACGGGAUCCCACCUGAAGCCCUUCUUACUUCGCACCCUCUCGGAAGCACAAAAGGUCAAUCACUUUCCCAGGUCGUAUGAGCUAACCCGGAAGGACCGACUCUAUAAGAACAUCAUUCGGAUGCAGCACACACACGGAUUCAAGGCUUUCCACAUCCUCCCCCAGACCUUCCUGUUGCCGGCUGAGUACGCAGAGUUCUGCAACUCGUACUCAAAGGACCGGGGACCUUGGAUAGUAAAACCAGUGGCCUCUUCCAGGGGGCGGGGUGUCUACCUGAUCAACAAUCCCAACCAGAUCUCCCUGGAAGAGAACAUCCUGGUCUCCCGUUACAUCAACAACCCCCUGCUCAUCGAUGAUUUCAAGUUUGAUGUGCGCCUCUAUGUGCUGGUGACUUCCUACGACCCCCUCGUCAUCUAUCUCUACGAGGAAGGAUUGGCCCGGUUUGCGACGGUGAGAUACGACCAAGGCAUCAAGAACAUCCGGAACCAGUUCAUGCACCUGACAAACUACAGCGUGAAUAAGAAGAGCGGAGACUACGUCAGCUGCGAUGACCCAGAAGUAGAGGAUUAUGGGAACAAGUGGAGCAUGAGCGCGAUGCUCAGAUACCUGAAGCAAGAAGGCAGAGACACCACCGUGUUAAUGGCCCAUGUUGAAGACCUGAUCAUCAAGACCAUCAUCUCUGCGGAACUAGCUAUCGCCACUGCCUGUAAAACCUUUGUUCCCUACCGCAGCAGCUGUUUCGAGCUCUACGGUUUUGACGUGCUCAUAGAUUCUACUCUGAAGCCAUGGCUGCUGGAAGUGAACCUCUCUCCAUCUUUGGCCUGCGAUGCGCCGCUGGACCUGAAGAUCAAAGCCAGUAUGAUCUCAGACAUGUUCACGGUCGUGGGAUUCGUGUGCCAAGACCCUGCGCAGAGGGCAUCAUCCCGGCCAAUCUACCCCACCUUUGAGUCUUCCAGGAGAAACCCUUUCCAGAAGCCGCAGCGUUCCCGACCACUCUCCGCCAGCGACGCAGAAAUGAAAAACCUCGUGGGCUCAGGCCGAGAGAAGAUGCCGGGGAAGUUAGGUGGUUCUGUGCUGGGUCUGUCCAUGGAGGAGAUCAAAGUUCUGCGGAGGGUGAAGGAGGAGAAUGAUCGGAGAGGUGGAUUCAUCCGCAUAUUUCCUACAUCGGAGACGUGGGAAUUAUAUGGGUCCUACCUGGAGCACAAGACCUCCAUGAACUACAUGCUGGCCACACGCCUCUUCCAGGACAGGGGAAACCCACGAAGAAGCCUCCUGACAGGAAGAACACGAAUGGCCGUGGAUGGGGCGCCAGAGUUGAAGGUGGAAAGUAUGAACUCCAAGGCCAAGCUGCACGCCGCUCUCUACGAGAGGAAGCUGUUAUCUCUGGAGGUGCGGAAACGGAGACGGAAGAGCAGCCGGCUGCGGGCGCUGAGGCCGAAAUACCCAGUGAUUACCCAGCCAGCUGAAAAGAAUGUUAGAACUGAGACAGAGAGUGAAGAGGAGGAGGACGUCACGCUGGACAAUGAGGACGAAGAGCAGGAAGCCUCCCAGGAAGAGUCCCCAGGCUCCCUGGGGGAAAACCAAGCCAAGUUCUCCUCGCUGGGUGUGAUGGCGGAGAACUCACCCAAGGAAAGCGCCUUGAAAGAGUGGGCGCGCAAAGGAGACCCGUGCUGCAGAGCUGAGCCCCACGAGCCAGGCGCCAAGUUCAACCUGAUGCAGAUUCUGCAGGACAACGGCAACCUCAGCAAAGUGCAGGCCCGAAUAGCAUUCUCUGCCUAUCUCCAGCAUGUGCAAGUCCGUCUGCUGAAGGACAGCGGCGGGCAGACCUCCAGCGCCAGCUGGGCCGCCAAAGAGGACGAGCAGAUGGAGCUCGUGGUGCGUUUCCUCAAGCGAGCGUCCAGCAACCUCCAGCACUCACUGCGGAUGGUGCUGCCCAGUCGACGGCUGGCCCUACUGGAGCGCAGAAGGAUCCUCGCCCACCAGCUGGGGGACUUCAUCACCGUGUACAACAAGGAAACAGAACAAAUGGCUGAAAAAAAAUCGAAGAAGAAACUGGAGGAAGAGGAGGAGGAUGGAGUGAACGCAGAAAACUUCCAGGAGUUCAUCAGACAGGCAAGUGAGGCAGAGCUGGAGGAGGUGCUGACUUUUUAUACCCAGAAAAACAAGUCUGCAAGUGUCUUCCUGGGGACUCACUCAAGAAGUUCUAAGCACAACAAUUACUCUGACAGUGGGGCCAAGGGUGAUCACCCUGAGACAGUGGAAGAGGUGAAAAUAAAGCCGCCUAAACAACAACCGGCAGCAGAGAUUCAUUCAGAAAAACCAUCUCGACUUAGCACUUCAGAAAAAGAGGCUAAACCAGUCUGUACCGUCUCUUCUUCUACUUCUUUCCCGGGCCCUGCAGCUCCCUCUGCCCCACAGCAGAAAGUCCCCAACACCCCGUUGUCACCUGCUAUCUCAUCCUCUGACCUCCCAUCGGGGCCCGGCCACCACCCCACUCUGGCUCAGGCUCCUGCCGCAGCCCCCAGUUUGCCUGCCAAGCCAGCCGGCCUGACGCUCACAGCCCCUGACAGCGCGGCUCCCUCCAUGCAGCCGCUGCCCGGCUCCCAGAGCGCCCCAAGUCCUGCUGGUCUGCCGCGCUGCCGCUCAGGCAGCACCGUCGGCCCCUUCUCCUCCUUCCAAAGUGCUGCGCACAUCUAUAGCCAGAAGCUGGCGCGGCCGUCCUCAGCAAAGGCAGCAGGCUCAUGCCAUGCGACCAAGCAUCAUUCCAGCAUGCUGAAGCCACAGAAGGAGGGGGAAGAUGGUUCUGGGCACAGCAGGCGCUACAACCCCAGCAUGGUGACGGCAGAGCUACAGCGGCUGGCGGAGAAGCAGGCUGCGCGCCAGUACUCGCCCUCCACGCACAUCAGCCUCCUCUCCCAGCAGGUAGCCAACCUGAACUUGGCAGGUGGCAUCAUAAACAGAAGCAGUGCUUCGACUCCCCCCACCCUUCGGCCUGUCCUCAGCCCAAGCGGCCCCACAUGGCCGCUGCCAUCAGACCCCCAGGCUCCCGAAAGCUACUCCAGCCCUCCAGGAAGCAGGAGCCUCCAGACCGGCGGCUUUGCCUGGGAGGGAGAGGUGGAGAACAGCGCGUACAGCAAGGCCACGGGGGUGGUCCCCCAGCACAAGUACCACCCCACGGCAGGCAGCUACCAGCUCCACUUUGCCCUCCAGCAGCUGGAGCAGCAGAAGCUCCAGUCCCGGCAGCUCCUGGACCAGAGUCGGGCCCGGCACCAGGCAAUCUUUGGAAGCCAGACGCUGCCCAACUCCAACGUCUGGACAAUAAACAGCGGCGCCACCUGCAGAAUUUCUAGCGCCACCAUGAGUGGCCAGAAGCCAGCCACCCUGCCACAGAAAGUGGUGCCACCUCCGAGUUCUUCCUCCCUGGUCCCCAAGCCCCCCUCUAAUCACAAGCAAGUCCUCAGGAAGGCAACAUCCCAGAGGAUGUCUAAGGGGGCCUCUGCUGAAGGGCUGCUGAACGGACUCCAGGGCCUGCACCCUGCUGCCUGCAUGCCUGUCACCAGCUCCACAGGACCUUUGGAAGCUCCCCAGGUUAUUUUCGCCAGAUCCAAGCCCUUGCCCGCCCAGCCCGGAGCCCCCGGUCCAGGUGUAGGCCAGAGAAAGCCACAGUGGUGAAGUGAGGGCCCGUGCAAGGUAACAGUAAGAAUCCUGCUCGCUCGACGAGAUGAACCCACCCUGGGGGACCCCCCCCUCGACGAGAUGAACCCACCCUGGGGGACCCCCCCCGCCCCACUGCCGGCUGGCGCUCUGAAGCCUCGGGGCUGUGGGCGUGGCCUGGCCCCGCCCCGCCCACCGCCCCGCGCAGUCGCAGACGGCACCUCCCGCCUCCCCAGCUGGCUGAGCGGCUGGAGCAGCUGCGCACGCGCCGGAGCACCUGGACCUGCCUCCCUCCCGCCCCGCCCGCCCCGCGUCCCCUGUCCCCUCCCGCGGCCACUCAGAGAUGAUAUAAAAGAGGCUCUUUGGCUAUUUGCAUUCCGCUUCCUCCUCUCUGCAGCCUUCACCAGCAAAGCCUGGCCGCAGGCCCGGGCUCCCAGCGCCGCCAUCCGUCACCUGCCCCUUGGCGGGGUGGGGGUGCGGGUGGGGGGCUCGGAGUGUCACCUGUCCCACCUGUUGCUGCUGCCCCGUCCGCAGCCCCCACGGGCCCCUCCGCCCCGGACAGGGGAGCCCACAUGCUUCUCCCCCUUCUUUCCCGUCCCCGAGUCUGGGGCUUCUCCAAACCGCUGCAGGCCCAGCAGUGAGACCCCCUCGUCAGAGAGAGAGAGAGAAAGGGAGAGGGAGAGAGAAAGGGAGAGGGAGAGAGGGGCCCGCAGUGCGAGCCUCGGGUCCGGUCCCCACCUGCAGGGGGGAGGCCUCGCCAGCAAUGGAGCAGGGCUGCAGGUCUCUGUCUCUCCUUCCCUCUCUGUCUCCAGCCCUUCGCCCAAUUUCUGUCUCUCUUAAACAACAACAACAACAAAAGAUGGGAGUCGGGCGGUAGCGCAGCGGGUUAACCGCAGGUGGCACCAAGCGCAAGGACCGGCGUAAGGAUCCCAGUUCGAGCCCCCGGCUCCCCACCU